AUGCGAGUGCAAGGAAAUGCGUUACGAGUACUAUUAUUUUUGUCUGUAUUUCAAAGAGAAUCGAAAGCUAUGAAGUGUUAUCAAUGUAACAGUGGAAAGGAUACAGAUUGUACUGUUAGUACAGUAGACGCAAGGUAUUUGAAAUCGUGUCCCCCGUCACAACCAUUUUGUCGUAAAGCUGUGUAUAUAUAUUAUUUUAUGAAUUCCCGAGAUUAUCUAACAGUACGCGAGUGCACAAAGUGGCGAAACGUUGAUAAAGAAUGUUAUAGAGGUCGUUACACGCGUGACAGUUAUCAACUUGUAUGCGAGUGCAAAGGUGCAGGCUGCAAUCAAUCUACCAGAUUCUCAUCGACCACUACUAUUUUCCUGUUUGUCCUCUGUCAAUUUAUCAUUUUUCUCAUUGGAAGUCCAACUUGA